GGCCAGCAAGGGCAUCUAUUUGAAUGACAAGGAGCUCCAGGAAGCCUUGAUGCAUGUAGAAGUGAAUGCAGACGAAACAGUGAACCUCAGUGAAUGCAUCAAGGAAAUUCAAGAACUCCAAGGGUUGUCACCAACUGAAGAGAGGAUCACUGUUGAGGACCUGAGCACCGUUCUGGCAGGCAAAGGCAUCUAUCUGAGCGAAAAAGAGCUCCAGGAAACCUUGAUACAUGUAGAGGCAAGCGCAGACGGAACAGUGAACCUCAGUGAAUGCAUCAAGGAAAUUCAAGAGCUCCGAGGGUUGUCACCAACUGAGAAAAGGGUUGAUAUCGAUAGCUUAGAUGAAAUCUUGGAUGAAAUGGGUAUCCAUUUAACCAACAAGCAGAAGUACGAGGCAUUGAAAUAUGCUGCAAUUGAUGCUGAUGGGAUGGUGGACUUGGAACCAUUUAAGAGAGGUGUACAUUCCAUCUUGACAAGCCAACAAACUGGCAAAAAGGUAGAUGUCAGCAAGUUGGAUUCUAUCCUGACUGGUAUGGGGCUUCACUUAACCCAAGAGGAAGUGCAGGAAGCUCUCAAGCAGACACUUAAUAAAGACGGUACUGUGAAUAUUAAAGACUUCAUGUGGGCCAUCCAGGACCUCCCUAGUUUUCAGGACAAAAGAGUGGAUAUUAGCAACCUGGACUCUGUCCUAGGUGGCAUGGGGAUCUUCUUAUCACAGGAAGAGCUGGAGAAUGCACUGAAGCUGACAGUGCUUAAUGAGGAUGGGACAGUGAAUUUGAAAAACUUCGUAAGGGCUUGCAAUGCUACUCUAGCCCUCUCCAGCAUUGAGGGAAAAUAUCCAAGGAAAAAGUUAGAUACAAAGAUGUUCAAAUUGCCCAAGGUGACGGAGAAGCACUACCCACAAACAACAAGCAGAAUUGUCUUUUCUGACAUACCCUCUGAGAUGGCCAAAUCUAAAGCAGCAAAGAACCUGAACAAGCCUCAACUGGAAGCGUUCCGCAAUGCUUACGAUACCUUCAGCAAGGAUUUCGAUGGAACCAUUGAUAUUGGAGCCCUACAGAACACGGCCCAUAACUUGGGAGUCACCUUAACCGAGGAAGAAGCCUUUGAUGAACUGAUGUAUGCUGAUACAGAUGGAGAUGGAAAGGUGAAUUUCACAGACUUCCUUAACAUAAUCACAGACAGCAAGCGCUUCAUCCAGGCUGUAGCCCCCAAGAAAAGUGACGUAGAGACUGUAGAUGCCCGAGGGAUCUUGUUCUUCGAGCUGUUGUCAAAGCUGGUGGAGUCAUCGAUGCUGCCAAGAAAAACCACUGUGAAUAUUGUCAGCUACUACCGGCAAAAGUUCCUGGAGUCUACGGGCAAGAGAGCUUGGCGUUCCGAUAGCAUUACUGAGGGCAAGGGCCAUCGCAAGAAACGAAGUCUGAAAAAAUCCCAAUCGACCUCCAUGUCUGCCUUUGCUGGUGCUGCUCGCAUCUGCGUCAUGAAAGACAAAGAGCUGCAGUCAUAUGUUGAACACCUCCAAGGAAGCAUUGCCCCUUCAGACAGCCCCUAUUCGCAGGUGCCCAUCUUUCCUUUGAUUCCCAACCAAGAUGGCCCAAUGAAAGGAAAGCCAAGGAAGGAUAUUCCCAAGCUGGAGCAGCAGAGGAAGAUGGAACCCAUCUCAUCUUUUGAGGACCACUUCUUCCAUAACAAAAGGUGGCUAAACCAAGAGCCUAAACCCUCCAAAGACCCCAGACCCUCCCUCACACUUACACCACAAUUGACACGAAGACGGCGGCGUUUGACUUUUGACAACCUGGACGAGAUCCGACAAGAAGUGAAGAAAGCAACAGAUGCCUACCGGACGGCAAUUGCCGUCCGGGAGCGCAACAAGUCACUGAAACUCUGGCGGAGAGUGCGUGGGGCAGAGAUUGGACUGGAGACUGGGAACCCCAGCUUCUACCAGACCUUCUCCACGUACUCCUGGUCAUGGAAUGUCUGCCAAGAACUGUUGACGCCCCGGGAACUUCGAGAAUAUGAUAGCAAACUAUAUCAUAACAGUACCUGCCGAUCAUCCACUCCUCCAGACAAGCUGAUCAGGGCAGGUGGGAGGCAGAAGGGAAGUAAGAAGUAGCCCCCAGAUGUUGCUGACCAUGGCAUCUGCAUUUGAGGAUGUUCCAUAGAAUGAUCUCGGGCUGGCAUCCGGGACAUGCUUCCUGCGAUGGGAAAUGCAGGGCUUCCUUUGUACACUGGCUAAUACAGUGAGAAAUUAAGGUAGAAAAGGCUAGUCUUCUCUCUCGGUGGUUUUGGCCUUCUGUUCUUAAGUGUUGCCCAACUGGGGUGGGGUGGUGGACAGGGGAAGGGAAAAAACAUUUGAUCUUGAUUGUCAAGAACGAUUUUGUGAUUAGAACCCAAAUCUUCUCAUCUGUAUUUUAACAGCAUCCCAUUCCCCAUAGAGACCCUUCUCACACACACAAGUCGGAACCCAGCCUUAAAAACUAGACUUAAAACAAACACUAACAUUCUGAAUUUCAAAUUUUGGGAUUUCCACAUGACAUUUGAGUUAAAUUCCUCAUCCCAGCCACCAUUAGGGAUGGGACCCAUUGGCUAGUGCCAGUUUUGAAAGCAUUCCGUCAACCUAACAGGUUGGUAUCAAUUCAAGUUCAUUCUUUGACUUCAACUGCUACUUUUACCAAUCUAUUUUUCCCCUCACAAAAAAAUUGAUAUUAAUAUUGAUGAUUUUAAAGCAAAUGUCGAUAAAAUUCUCAUUCUUAAUAUUGACAUUUUAGAGGCAAUUAAAAAAAUUCAAAAAUAGCAGCAGAAAAUUGCAACCUAAAAAUCCAAUCCACAGAGAAAAAGCAAAUUAAUGGAAAAUUUGGUACCAACUCCAAAUUGGGCAGAAUUCUAGCACAUCCCUAACCACCACCACCCAAUAUUUUUUCCUAUGAGGAAACGAACCCAGGCUUCUCUGCUCUUCAGUAUCCUUCAUGUCAAGAAAGUGUGCUUUCUAGUGAAGAGAGGAGAUGAAUACGUGAUUCUGGAGUAUUUACCUCCUGGAUGAUCCAAUAACCCAAGUGAUGGGGAAACCAGUUGGUGAGGAUAGUGGGAGUACUACUUGUGAUUAUUCAUUUAUACCUUUGUUAUACAAGUGAAUGGACAGUCGUCUUAUCUCUCAGAUCCUUCAGAUGAAACUGUGAAGGGUCAUUGUUGCUCUUCCUGUUUUGGAGAUGAGAAAUUAUGCUGUAUCUAUUCUCAAGCACAUGCUAGGAAAAAUAUUACUUCUGCUCUAGGAAUGAGUCUUGAAAAGUGCCCAGAGGAAGAAAAGCUGCAGUCCUUGGAAGGACUGAAGACAGCCAGAAAAUGCCAGUACCUCAUGACUCCUGAAGGAAAGAACUCCAUGUUUUAUAGCCAGAGUCUGUUAUGCAAUUGUUGUCAUUUGUAUCACUCCUGCUGCUCCUGCUCUGCUGAAUUUCACAUUUGGGCGACUGAAAUUUUGUUGGGCAAGAUCAGGACAGUAGGGGAAAAAGAAGUAAGAUGGCAGCAGCAACAUAGUGGGCAGCAAGGAAUCAUGCCUUCCAAAUACGUCAGCCAUAUUUAUCAGUUGAAUGGGGAUAGGGCUCAAAAUGAGUGGUAGUUUAAAAAAAAAAGUAUAUGUGACCAUUAGGAGAGACAAUUACCCACAGGCUGCAUAGAUGCUAUUAAAGCAAUGCAAGCACAUUUUGGGAAAAGAGAUUCCAUCGGUCAAGAAAACUAUAGUCCAGUCUGGGUGUAAACCAUGAUUCUUUCAAGAUUCUGCACUACACAAAGAUGAAUUCUGCAACUUAGGUAAAUUAUGCAAAGUAGCAAAUGUGUAUCUUUUUGCAUAAUUUAUUCUGCUUGUGGUGGCCAAGAGGAGGGACACUGUUUGAAUGCAGGGUACUGAAGCCAUACAUUCUGAUUACUGGAAGUCUUGCUUGGCCCCUCCACUCCCUACCCCAUUUUAAGAUUUCACCAGACAUUGGCCACACAUUUUCCAUCCUGUUUUCACAGGCUUAAGGUCUAUAAACAUGCAUUUUUGUAUGAGUGCAUAAUCACAGACCUACACAAGGGCACAAAUAAACAUUUUAAUUUUUCAUAGGUAAUUAGACCUCAUUAAUGUGUAUCAUUUCCAAGGCAAGAAAUCUCAGGACAGCAGAUGUGUGGCAACAACAAAAAGGGACAUAUUCAGUGUUAGGAAUUAUUAGGACAAGGGGGUGAAAAUAAAACAGCAGUUUAUCUUAUUGCCAUAUAAAUCUGCUGUUCAUGUUCAUCAACAUUUACAAUAUUGUAUGAAGUAUUGAAAGCUAGUGUGGUGCAAUGGUUAGAGUAGGACUGAGGAGACCCAGGUUCAAAUCCCCACUCAGCCAUGAAGAUCACUGGAUGACUCUUGGCAGUCACUUAUCUCUCAGCCUAACCUUUCUCACAAAAUUGUUGUGAAGAUAAAAUAGUGGUAAGAAGAAAAUCUAUGCAAGUAUAAUUUUUCCCUAAACAUCUUUGAAAGAUACAGCAGAAUGGCUUAAAUGAUUAUGGGAAUGGAAUCGCACUUUAGACUGGUGAGGCUUUUCAUUUAGAAAAGUGAUACUUGGAAGAGGCAUGACAGAGAAACAUACAGGAUCAUCUGAAGGGUGAAGAGUGAACAGAAAAAAAACUGUUCUCAAAAUAUGAAAGUGGAUAUCACCCACUGAAAAUGAUUGGUAGCAUCUUUUGCGAUAAACCAGUCAAGUGCUUCUUUACACAGUGCUUUGUUAUCCUAAGGUAAUGAGGUUCAUAGGUUAUUAUUUGGCUAACAGAAAAGCAGAGAGACUCCAACAUUUAACCUGAAAAUGGUCUUGAACAUCAAAACAGCCCUGCAGGAUCAAAUCAAAUGCCCAUCUGGUCCAGCAUUCUGUUCUCAUAGUGCCCAACCAGUUGUCUACAGGAUGUCUUGCUUUUGUGAGAUCCCUUGCUGUUGUGAGUGCUUAGUUUGAGCACUUGCAAAAGACUCAAGAGCACUCACUGAAUGGCCAUCUUUGUUGCUCCUGCCUCCUAAGAACCCAGCAACAUAAUGUGUUGCAAUAGGAAAGGUGCUCCACAUCUAAGCGUCCAUUACUACUGAGGAUAAGAUUACAAAUUCCAACAUGCCCAAAGCGAAAAUGUCAACUUCCACCAAGAAGAUGGUGCUCUGACAGUCAAUUUCUUUCAGCAUCCCUAGUAAUCUGGACAGCUAGUAAUAUAGCAUCCAUCUUUAAAGGACAGAGACUUCUUAUAAACAUGCCUUGAGUCAAGCCAUCAGCCUCAGUGGUAUCUACUCCAACUGGCAGUGGCUCUCCAAGAUUUCAAGUGCAGGUCUUCUUAGCCUUAGUGCCCCUGUUCCUUUUGAGUGGAGAUAUCAGGAAUUGAACCUGGGAUCUUUUGCAUGCAAAGCAUAUGCACUACCACUAUGUGAUCGGACCUUCUCCUCAACCUCUGAAUACUUAAUGCUGCUGUAUAGACCAGCAGGAAAGCUAAGAUCCAACUAAAAAAAAAAAUCCUCACUGUGAAACCAAUUUUGAAUAACCAGUUCCAAUGUAGCUUUUCCAUCUGCAAAAGUACAAAAAUUGCUCCUGGAAGCAUGUGGUACUAAUUGUGAUGUGUAGGCAUUGGUACCAGCUACAUUGUAAGAUGGAUUGUUCAACAUGAGGGUCUUUGCUGUUCUCUGAUACUUUUCAGGGAUUGACAGAAAAUCCAUCUUGCUCAAAUAACAUUAUAUAAGUACGUCUGGUCUGAGUGCUAUUGAACAAAAUGGGUAUAUUUUGCCCUAAAGGCAUGAUUAUAUAUUUAAAAAGUUAUUGUAAGGCAAUAGAGUGGGCAACAGUAGAUAUAUUGGAAAACAGAUUGAGUCCUUCCCAGAUUGAACAUCCAGGUGUGAAUCUCUCUUAUACUUUGCUAAAUUUGGAAAGUGGAUAUGUAAAAAAUCAGAGAUGGGGAGAGGGGUCCUGAUGUUUUAUUAGAGAAAUUAUCAAAUAUUUUAGCCAACUAGGAUGAAAAUGGCAAAAAUGUUAUCGUGGCUAGCCAUGUAUGUUCAGUUUUGUGCAUAUCUAACAAAAUGACUAUCAUUUGAUGAGUGGUAUGGGGGAAAGUAGACUGGAGAAGUAAACCCUUGCCUAGGGGGUCCCUGCCUGCUGUGCACCUGAGAGGCAGCUUACAGGGCCUCAUCCUUCUCCCUCCCUGUGGUAGCAACCUGCUGUGUAUCCACAGUAGGAUUGCCAGGUACAUGGCCUGAGACUGAUCCUGUAUCAGGCCCGGCCUCCAAGAGGUCUUCUGUAUCUUUCAAAGUUGUGCAGCGGGGAGGGAGAAUUCCACCUUCCCAUUACAGUGUUGCAAGAACACCUGCACUUGGCUGACUUUCUCUUCUCCUAAAGAUACAGGAUCAGUCUCAGGCCAAGAACCUGGCAACCCUAAUCCAUAGUAGGCUGCUGCUGUAGUGACCCAGAGAAAGCAGAAGGGGAAGCUUGUGCCUUCAACAACUCAGGGUAAGAAAAGAGAAGGGAAAUGCCUGACAGGGCUGGGCUAAACUGAUUAAAGUAAGGUGCUUGAUUCCUUCAGUACCUGCAACUUUGUAGGAAGAUCAAGGGGGAGGCCUAACCUAGGCUACUAUAUGUUGCUUUAUACCUUCUGUUGAUCACUAUGCCUGAUGACCAAGAGAUACUUGGGUUUUUAUGAGAUUAAUAAUCACCAUAAUUUUAAAAAUGGGAAAAGUAUAUGGUGAAGAAUGGAGACAAUACUGAUGGUGAUUAUUAGAGAACAUCAAAACAACCCUUUUGUCAUUCAGGGUCAUCAGCACCAUAAUUUACUACUUAUAAAAG